UUUGAGCAUUUCUUCUAUUUCCUCGCCACUCCUGCCUCUCGUCUCUGGCAUGGAUACCAGGACUAAAGCAGCCCCGAAGAGGUUGACAGCAGCGAAUAUGUAGAAUGUGGUGUACAUGCCGCAGGCGUUCGUGAGCGGGGCGAAGGCGGCCAGCUGGAUGAAAGUCAUGACCCAGGAUUGGGCCGAGAGCAAACUUAGAAGCUUGCCCCUGAUCUGUGAAUGUACGAUUAUAACAAGAGUACAAACGCCCGAGCAGGAGUGCGAGUUCCCGCCGAAGUUCGAAGAAGACCUCACGCACUUGCGCCGCAAGCGGCUGACCACGGAGAAUGGACUCGUGUGCUUGGAGGACUACCCGUACACAGUCUCUGUCAGAUUACACAGUAAACACUGGUGUGGCGGCGCUCUGGUCGGAAAAGAGUGGGUGUUGACAGCAGCACAGUGCUUUGACUAUGUUACCAAGGAGGAGGUGUCGGUCCGUACCGGAUCCGUGUUCCGUGAUUUUGGCGGCAAAAUAUUCUCAGUCACGGAAAUCAUCAGGCACCCAGAGUACAGGAUAGACCAGUACUAUCCUGAGCAUAAUUUAGCCCUAAUCAAGCUAAACAUGGAAGUGACGCUGGGUAACCGCGUGCAGCCUGUGGCGCUGGCUGCGCCCUUAUCCGAAGUACCCCCCACUUACGGACAUAUCGUCGUUACGGGAUACGGCUCCAUCUCCGGUCAAAUCCGCGAGGGUCAGAACCAGGAGCUCAGAAGAAUGAUAGUACAAGACGUGCCCCGCGCGUCGUGCCGCCUCCUCUACGGGAACGGGUAUCGGCUGCAGUCCGACCACAUGUGUCUGCAGAGCACGGUCAAAGGCAUCGCUUUGUGUGCUGGUGACACGGGCGACCCAGCCGUACACUUCAGCGGCACUUCCAAAGGCGGCACUCUAUACGGCAUCGCGCUCUUCUCUGGGACCGAGGAAUGCACUUACAAGUCCAAGCCUGGAGUUUACGCUCAGAUAUCUCACAGCCGCGUGUGGCUGGACUCGAUCCUGAAGGCAAUUCCCAUCAACUUCGUGCCCGCGGACAGUGCCGACAGCAGUGAUAACGACAUCCGCAGCGAGAGCAAAGAGAAUUAG